AAGGUAAGCGGAAGUGCCCUUUCUUCCUCUGCUGUAGUACUGAGAGGUUGCUGCCGAAAUGGGCAAGUUCAUGAAACCCGGGAAGGUGGUGCUGGUCCUGGCCGGUCGCUACUCCGGACGCAAAGCGGUCAUCGUGAAGAACAUUGAUGAUGGCACCUCAGACCGACCCUACAGCCAUGCUCUGGUGGCUGGAAUUGAUCGCUAUCCCCGCAAAGUGACAGCUGCCAUGGGCAAGAAGAAAAUUGCCAAGAGGUCAAAGAUCAAGUCUUUCGUGAAAGUUUAUAAUUAUAAUCACCUCAUGCCCACAAGGUACUCUGUGGAUAUCCCCUUGGACAAAACUGUUGUCAACAAGGAUGUCUUCAGAGACCCUGCUCUCAAACGCAAGGCCCGACGAGAGGCCAAGGUCAAGUUUGAGGAGAGAUACAAGACCGGCAAGAACAAAUGGUUCUUUCAGAAGCUGCGGUUUUAGGUCUGUCUUGUUUCAGUCAUUAAAA